UGUCUGUGGAAGUACAGCCCUUUGCCUGGGCUGCCAUUGGCUGCUCCUCCCAGCCUGGAAUUAUAAAGCCGUAUCUCAGAGGCUCUCAAGGCCUGUGGUUCCGUCCUGCCUUCUGUAAAUCUUUGGUGCUGGGGCCAAAUCCAGAGAUGGGUAAGUGCCUCCUGCUGCUGCUGGUGGUGGUCCUGUCCUCACUGCUGAGAUUCCUGCAAGCUCUAGAAUGUUUCCAGUGUCACCGAGUCAAUGCCAGCGGGGUUUGCGAGAACAGGGGAAGCUUCUGCCACACUCAAGGCAGCCAGCAGUGCUUCCUGAGGAAGGUCUACGAAGGUGACACCAUUUCCUAUGGAUACCAGGGUUGUAGCAGCCUAUGUGUUCCUAUGAAGCUCUUUAAAUUCAGUGUUACGGUGGAAUUUAGAUGCUGCCAUGACUCACCUCUCUGCAACAAGUUCUAAAGACAGGGCCCAGCUUUUGCCCUGACGUGGUGGAUGAAGCUAAGUUAGGAUCCCUUUCAACCACCACAGUCUCCAAGAUUCUGUGAUCUGAAUAUGGGUCCCUUUUAAGAAGCAGCCUCAGACUCGUUCUGUUUUCAGGCCCCCUUUCCUUUCCUUCAUUGCGAGAUGCCCCAGGGAUAAUUUUUGAAACCAAAUUGGGGUGAAGAUUGAUGGGCAUAGCUAGGUUCAAGGCUACCUUCUCCCUUUUCAGGCCCUAAAUCAUCAGUCACAUCAAUUGCUGCUUAAAAAGGCAGCAUCUGUGGAAGGCUGCAUUUGUGAUUCUGCAUGUUCUGGGGGCAGGAACUGAAGGAGGAGGGAGAGUCUUUGAAAGCUGAAAACAGUAGAAGUGUGAGGGGAGUCCAUAAAUGAUGGGUUAGUUGAGUGGGCUAGGUGUUGUAACACAAAUCUCUUAAGUGGCUUAAAUAAAAAAUUUUUUAAAAAUGGAGUCACUUAUGUCAAAGUGAUUUAAGAUGGAGUUGGGAGGCUAUUAAGGAAGUGGAACUUACACACGUCCAUCCCUAAACCCAACAUAAACUUUGGACCCAUCCAUCCUGAGACCACCUGGAACUUGCCUUCUUUACUCCUUAGAGACCACAGCUUAGCAACCAAUGUGCUUCCAGCAAGUGACUGAAAGUCUGCCGGCACCAAUCGUAGUUCUGUAAAGAUAACUUUCAUUACUUCUCUGGAAUAUCUUUUUUUGCCUUUAGAAGCCCCUGCUAUUUUCUGUUCCCGCUGGAGCACAUUUGAGUUGCCAUUCGAAUCGGUGCCUCCCAAAAUGUAAUUCUUAGAACUCUAAAUAAACUCUUUUUCUUAUUUGCAGCCUUCUGCGUUUUUUGGUUAUCACCUGAUAAUGGUCUCCGGAUCACCAUAGCUUGUUUUUGCAUUCACAGAAAACAUGCCACAGGCUGGGUGGGAGAGUGCAUUUAGACACAUCUCCUCAAGGGUGCAAACCAUGUGGACGUUAGAAGACUUUCCUCUGGUGUGGGUUGACUGGAUCAGUGGUGGACACUUGACCCAAGUUGAGUCAAUAAAAUUCUCUUUCCUGGCAAUUUGUUAUUGGAUUUUAGAAUCGAAUUCUUUGAAUAUGAUUAGAACUGUACUAUAAAACUCAGCUGCUAUGGGGUGCUCAUCUUCAUCCAUGUGAUGGAAAACCACAGAAAGUCCAUCUGCAAAGACAGAAGACUGAAGAUAAUUCUGAGUGGUGGAAUUAUCGUUAGAAUAAGAAGCAGAGUGCAUAUGUGAUCUUAUUCUGGCACACUAAGUACCCAUUUU